AUGGAGAAAGGAAACGAUUUUGAAAUAGAGACAAAGAUCAAACUCAUUAAUCGCUCAGUAUCGGACGAUCAGGAUUUUAUUACCUCUCCACAAAUUCAGAUAUACUUACUAGUGAACCCACGAAGUGGGAGUAGGGAAGGAAGAUCUUACACAAUUUUAGAAAAGGACUGAUACCAAUACGAGCUUGAUAAUGGAGAUACAUGAGAACUUAACAUCAUCAACAUUUUGCUAAAAGAUUCAAUGGAAGAUUUCAAAUAAAUCAGUUCUGGAAAAAUCUCGCCUCCUAAAUUUUGAAGAUGAGCCUCAGACUCUUAAAAAGAUAAUAACUGUGAUAGCUGGAGGAGACGGAUCAUUUAUGAACAUUCUCAAAGAAAUGGAAGAUUAUGGAGUGAUUCUUGACAAUGUUAUUUUUACUCAAUUCCCCUUCGGGACUGCAAAUGAUCUAGCACGAGCAUUUAGCUGGGGAGCUACUCCAUCUCAGAGAAUGAAAACAGAUCUUAGAUAUCUUUGUAACUUGCUUAACUCUGCUAAAGAAACUGGAUUUGAUAUUUGGGAAAUAAAUAUUCAUGCUGAUGAAGUUAAUGGAGAUGUAGAAAGUGUUGAUGGAAAUGAGCUCAUCUCCCAUCAAAUGCAUCAUUUCACUAAGCUCAUGUGCCAUAGCUUUUCAUUUGGGCUAGAUGCAAGGAUAGGCCUUAACUUUGAGAGAAGAAGAACAAGAAGCAGAUGAUGAAAUAACAUUAGAUAUGCUCUUGAGGGAAUGAAAAGAGUUUUCUGAUGUUGAUUUUAUCAAAGAACUCUUAGGAUUAGAGAAAUCUUGACAAAAUUCUCUCAAAAUCCCCCAGAAGAUGACUCUCAAGAGUUCGAGUCAAUUCAGAGUGAUGACUUGGAAGAGAAUGCAUCUGAUAAAAUGAUGACAAGGCAAGUAAAGCUAGACAAUAAAGAAUUUACAAUCGGCUCUCAUAGAGAUGAAGAAAACACUUAUUACAUUAGAGGGAACCCUGUGUCUCUAUAUUGAACGAAUAUUGCUAUCUUAAUGGGAGGUAGGAACAAUAUAUGGGAAGGAGGCAGAAAUAGAAGUGGAAUCACAGAUAAAUCAGGCAGGCCAAUUGAUCCAAGAGUUUUUAACAAUUCAGUGGCAUACAAUGAUGGAAAAUUAGAAUUUACUACAUUCUCUUCAAUGUUUCAUCUGAUUUUCCAAAAAUCUAGAAGAGUCAUGCAAGCUGGGGGACCUUUCGUUUUUGAAUUCGAAGAGUACAAGAAAGAUGAAAUAGAAGAAAAUAAAAAUGACUCUGAGCCUCAGAAAACUUACAUAAACAUCGAUGGAGAAUUCUAUCGUAUAUCUGAUAUCAGAAAGCUUACUAUAUCAAGAUACUUCAAAGAAAAGCAGCUCAGGAUCCUGGUUAAUGAGAACGACUCAGGCUCUAGCUAA